UCCUUCGAAGUGCUUCAUCAAUUAGCUUGAAAUUUUUUUUCGGGGAGGAUGUCGCGCCAAAGCUUCGAUUUGGAACCUCCACGACAUACUAUACAUACUAUACAUCCACGACAUUCUCCUCUCCUCUCAACUUUUUUACACCAUCAAUUUUUCACUAGUCAGUAAAUUGUUAAGGGCACAUUGGAAGUACAUAGAACUACAACUACAAAUAUGUUCAAAUUAAGAAGUGUGCAGAUAACCAGGUCGUGGGCCAGGUCUAUAACGUCAUCGGCUAUUUUGAAGAAUCAAGUAGUCAAAUCAUCCUGUGCAGCAGGAACAGUACUAAACUUAAAGGUUAGAAAGAAUGGUGAUGAACCAGUAGCUUUAGAAGAUUCUGAAUAUCCUGAAUGGUUAUGGGAAAUGUUGGACAAUGAAAAACUUGAUGCUAAGUUAAAGCAAGCAGAUCUUUUGAAUUGGAAAAGAAGAGAAUGGGGAAGAUCUAACCGUGACAAGAUUAAGAAUAAUAAUUUCAUAACUCAGUUGUGAACAGCAUUAGUACAAUGCCCAAAAUUCCCUAUCAUGUAUAUAGUUUCUAUCUGUAUUUAAUAUAUAUAAUAAUAUAAAAGUAUUCUUUUAGUGGGUUGUGUACUUAACUAUUUACUUGACUGUUAUCACCAGGGAUUCUCUUCAAAAUUCUCAGCAUUAUCCUCUCCCGAAUUCCAUUCUUUAUGAAUUAAAGAGUUAGGGAGUUGAACUUGUUUAAACAAUUCAUCACCUUUAAAGUCAGACUUAUGAUGAUGAUGAACUUCAUCAUAGUCAUCCUCCUCUUCGCCAUUACCAUUACCAUUACCAUUA